CGUAGUGUCGUGCGCCAGUCAGUUAAUGGCCUGUAGGUAGUGUACAAGCAUCCCAGGUGCUGGUAUCAGCCUUGUGCGUUAUAUAAGGAAUGGUAGAGUAAAUAGAGGCCGAGUCAAAAUUGUAAAUGCAGCAGUGCAAUGUUGCAGAAAAUUUCUUUCAAAUGUAUAUUCCAUGGAACAAUAUGGAGCUUCUCUUCCAAAAGCGCGCCUCUCAUCAAAUUCAACUCCAACACAAAAAGAGAGCACCAGCAGCUAUCAACGAUCGUAGAUUCCUGGCUUCUCUGGUACAAUUUGGUGCUUCUGCACCCAAACCAAUGCGGAUAGCAGAACAAGUUGGUGUUGGUAACAGUGCCACCUUAAGGCUCCAUAUGGUCUACUAGAAAGACUGUCCAUGCCAACAAUUUGUACCCAAAUGUCUUGAGCGACCUUGAGACGACGACGAUGACGACGACAUUCCUCGCACAUGUCCGUGAUGUCAAAUCACGUUCUCGCAAAACGUUGCACUGUCGCCAAGAUGGUCAUCUCUGGUCUUCCUGUAUACCCCCGCCAAGCGUUAACCAUCAGGCGGGCAUCAUGCCGAGAGAAGGUGUCAAAUUGGCUCGUUGGUCAAUCGAUCAAUCAUCGGGGGAUAAACAGCUGUCAGCAGGUGGAAUUAACGGUGGGCCCUCUUCCUCCAAUCAUGCUGCCCCGUUAUAAAUCCUCCUGUCCCCCUACUCCCUCCCUCCAAUCAAAUCGUGCACCUAUUGCCCGCGUUGAAGGGCUUCCGCUCCCUCCGAGCGCUUAGUUCAGGAACACGAACCCGUAUGUCCCAGCGUAUUGAUUGUAACUACCUUGUGCUACCUCGUGCCACGAUGUUUCAGCCUAUCAGCCGCUCGCAUCUCGGGCGAGCAAACAAUGCCGGCCAUUAAGGCAUUGAUAUAUUAAUUGAUUUACAAUUUUUCAAGUCACUCGGCCACCCUCCCCUUAAGCAGCACCUGUCCCUUCCCUUGCCUCCCAGGACAAAACGAUUUAUCAAGCACAUGUCACCCUCGUAUAGCCACGCGGCACGGGUUCUAUCUUGGCCACUCACACGUGAACAUCAGCAGCGGCCAAUUAUGGCUGCUCAUUAGCGAUUUACCUGGUGCAAUAUAGGUUUGUGGGCUGUGGAUUGCAAAGCGCGUUUCCUGAUAAAGCCUAACGCGAUGGAACGCACCUCAGAAGACGCCACCGCAGCUGCCAAAUACUAUUCUUAGCCCAGACUCUAUGUACUUGGGAGCUUUCGCUUGAUAUGACUGUUUCCGUGAGGCGCGCUAUCUCGUUACAUUGUAAUAAUGCCAUUUGGCGUCAUUUACCUCGCAGACGUGGGCCCGGGGGCUACUUCUGAUACCUCGAACACGGGGUGACGCUCGAAGAAAACCCAAAGUCAGAGUACACCCCCUGAUAUGACAAUUCGUGUGAUCUGUUAUCAUCUCUGUGUCUAGUGGGUCGGGCCCACUGCCCGCAGCCAGAGUGUAUUUCACGUGAUGGGUACGCUUCGCAUCACGAGUCGACGUGGUGGUCUUCACGGUUUCCCGCCUCGGCCGCCGCGACCCUGUUUAAGACCCUACUCAAUUGUACUCGAUCGUGCAAUCGCGGAAGCGAACCAGCAGAGGAGCCACGAGCCAACGGGAACACCACAUAAGCCACACUCGUCUGGAUCGCUCGUGGCGCGUCCCUUUGAAUUGGACAGCCUAACGGGGUGAGGGAUGAUGAAAUCACGAGAUAAAAGAAAGGCCCACACACUCUUGCCCAGUCAUCCCGGGCAGAGACGUCGAUGAUACUGACUUGGACGACAUUAUCUGUUUACCUGUCGAAGCGCCUUCGCUAGCGCCAAGGAACAGCGUGUAGGUGUACACAUCUCAAGGACAGGCGUCCCAGCAGGAGCAGUCGGUGGCGCAGGAUCUUUUCGAGGGACCUUGCCAUAAUUUGACUGUUUAUCGGGCAUCGCUCGCAAUCGGUUUUAUUGGCAGCAAAUUGCGACUAAGUGCUGCCGCUUGUCACGAUAAUUUGUGGCAUAUGAUAGGCAUAGGCACACUCCUAAACGUAUGCUAAACGUCGAGAAUGAGAUUACAUGAGUUUAUUGCGAAGCAAAGAUCGAGAGAAUAGGGCGAUAGAUACCAGUUGAUGUUGAUGAAGAAAUUGCACCUGGCUAGGUAUUUGAGGCGUAAUUUGUUGGUCCCAUAAUUCAGGACAGAAUCUUUGAGUCUAGGCGAAUGCUUCGUUUGUAAUGAUUGUACAUUGAGUAUUAUACAGAGUUGAUGCAUGGUGAAUGUGGUAUGGGUGAAAAUUAAAUAAUACUGUAAUCAGUCGUGACUGUGCACAUACGGGAAGAGUAAGUCUAGAGCGCGUAGCUCAUCAUCGCUCGGUUUAAUAAACCAUAACGGCCUCCUCCUUCUCAGUACGGAUUAGCACUUAGUCACGUCUGAUUGUACACCUGCAUGCCGAGCAGGGAUGAGGUAGAUGUUUGAAGCUGCUCCUAGAAUAUGCAUUUUUUCAGUUGGUAGCGGUAAUAUAAAUAUGCGCAACAAAACUGGCAUGAGUGGCGCUUUGGCGUUAGUUUUCAAUAUAUUCGCUGACCAGGUUAGGGUACACGUGUUUGAGUACUAUGGCGCAAUUCAUUUACAUAUUGCCAUUCCAGUUUCAACUCACGUCAAUGAACUGAUAGUUGAUUAUACGAUGUAGAGAAUGUGUAGAAUUAGCAUGAUCUAUUUCGCUUACAUCUGUGGCACCCCAAGCAUUGAUCCUCGUUGACAACAAUUCCGGUGUGAUGAUCACGUGAUUGUAUCCGAUCGGAUACAAUGCCAAUAUAUGCUGGAAGCUGUAUUUGCAUUCUACUCACUAAUUUUAUUCAUCUGGACAAUGCAGGACGUCAUUUUCAUUGGACCAAGCUUGUGCAAUCGUGUGUAACUCGUUCGGAAGUUCUACCAUAUUGAACGCACAUAGCGUUCAAUAUGGUAGAUCGACUAUUUGUUAGCGAAAGCGAAACCUUACCAUUUGAGAACCUUCUCAAUGGUUUUUUAGAAUCAGAAAUUUGAAAUUUAGGGCAGGCACACAAAUGAGGCUGUUAACAUCGCUGAAUUAUUGCAGCACAGCUAAAAGAAAACAGUUCGCUAAGGUAUUAACAGAAUCGUCUCUAUCAAUGAAAUAAUUUUCCGAUAAGGUCCCAUCAUUCGAACAUAUUAUUUUGUGUGAUCCAAUCAUAGGCUAAUCUGCUUUUCUACUACUGAGUUCAGAGCACUGAUAACAACUAAAUCUUUAAACCGAGUUUAGCGAGCUUUUUUAAAUUUAGUUUUGCGAGCUUUUUUUAAUUUUGUACUUUGUCACGUACACUGUUCUGCUUGGCUAUUGAAGGGUUAAUCUCUAAAAGCGUUACGCGAAUCCGUUACCAUCCGUUACUAAGAAGUGACAGCUCGAGGGUUUUGUUGAUUUGUAAACAAAACCGCACCAAAAAGGAUUUUCCAUUUUCCAGAAGAAAAAAUCCGUGUAAAAUCUCGUGAAACCCCUCGAAAUAUCGUGAAGCAUGACUACCGCGGCCCGUCCAACGUUUGAUCCCGCCCGUGGUGGCACCGGUCGUGGCGAAAAGGACUUGAGCGCCCUCUCCAAACAGUACAGCAGCCGCGAUCUUCCCGGACACACAAAACUCAAAUACAGAGACCAGGGCCAGAACACGGCCGAGGAGCUGCGUAACCGUGACUUCCGCGAGGAACUGGAGAAGCGGGAACGCGACAACAAACCAAAGAGCUCCGUGGCAUCCAUCACACGUCGUGGUGGAGCCGAACCAGCGAGCUCAGCGAUUAGCAGCAGCGCUUCCGGAAGCAGCAACGCGAAACGCCAAAAAAUCGAGACACCUCAAAACCUCGAUGCGGAUGAUCCGGUCGACAGCGAUAACUCCGAUUCGGAGUCGGACGAGGACGACACGGAGGCACUGCUGGCGGAACUGAACAAAAUCAAACAGGAGCGGGCAGCCGAGCAGGCAUCGCGGGAGCGCACCAAGCAGCAGGAAGAAGAGAAAAUUCGCAUGGAAAACAUUCUGUCUGGAAAUCCGCUACUCAGCUACUCGUCCACGGCCAAGGCAGAGCUGAAAGUGAAGCGCCGCUGGGACGAUGAUGUCGUGUUUAAGAACUGCGCUCGCUCGGAACCGGACAAGAAGGCGAACCAGUUCAUCAACGACUCGCUGCGUUCCGAUUUCCACAAGAAGUUUAUGGACAAGUACAUCAAGUAGGCGAUGAUUUUAUACAUAACCCGGGUUCAUAAUAAUAAGCAUCUCUUGUAUAUCUACCGAAGUAAGGAAAAUGAGAGUUUCGUUCUAAGGAGAUUAAUUCCAAGUAAAUUCAAUAAAAACCCACA